AUGGACUAUGAUUGUCGCGGGAAUUUCUCCGAAGUUUGUCAGCAUUCGAUCGAAGUGAAUGGAGCUGAUGGAAUUGCGGGAGAGACGGCGCAAUACCCGAUUGGAUUCUGGAUCGAGAUCACCCUGUACUUUGUGGCGUUUUUCGUGGGCGGUCCCCUCAACGUGAUGUCGAUUUUCAAACUGUUGCGCGCGAGAAGGACGCUAAAACAUCCAUCAGCUCUUUUAUUGUUGCGAUUGCACUUGAACAUCGCGGAUUUGAUCACCCUUUUCAUCUACAUUCCCAAGCAAAUCAUUUGGCUGAUCACGUUUGCGUGGUAUGGCGGUGAUCUCCUUUGCCGUCUCUUCUCGUUCAUCUCGACUUUCUGCUUCUAUUUGCACUCAUUCGUCAUCGCGUGCAUCGCGAUCGAUCGACUUUUUGGCGCAUGGCAUAUAAACUCGGUCUCGGCCUCUCGAAAAGCUUUCACCCGUGUCUCUCAAUUGUUGAUCGCUGCUUGGGUGAUGGCAACGAUUUUGGCGCUCCCCCAAACGCUCAUCUUCAAGCUGUAUGAGUUGGAUGAUCCGAGCGAGGCAGUUCCUUCGAAGCAAUGCGCGACGUUUUGGAUGAAAGCCAAAUACGAUUCGAAUCAAAUCUUCGAACAUCCAAAUGUUUCGGUUGCCGAGAAGAAUCGGGUGGAUCAACAGUUGACUGAGGUGAUUGCUUACGAAAAAUGGUACACGAUCGCUCAUCUGACCUUCAGCUUCGUUCUCCCCACAAUGCUCAUCAUUUUCUCCUACACGACACUAUUGUUUAUUUUGAAAGGGAUCAUCAAGGAAACGGGCACAGUCAAUGGGCACAGUCAGAUGACGUCACUGCUGGUGUUGACACGGAAGCACUACACGUCCGAGGACGAUCACAGCAAAGUCACGGGAACCACUUUCGUCAUGCACGAUGCGCAAUCGAUUCGAAGGAAUUCGAAUACGCCGCCCGGGCAUCUAGAAAGAGCCGUGAGUCCACAGAGUGCGUUGCACACGGAGAGAAGUGAGAGACAGUACGAUCAAUCAUCGAGAAGAGUCUCCUCACCGUUUAUCGUCGCUGAUGAUCACUCGUUGAUGCUUAAUCACAAAUGUGACGGUGGCGAGAUCUCGCAAAACUCGGAGGAUUUCCUGAGGCCGCCGAAAAAGGCGAAGAAACCCCAACGAGUACCCGUUUCGCCAUUCGCCAUCGGAAAGAUUACAAAAGCGAGAAAGGUGAGGUGGCUGAAAAGAGUC